AUGAGACUGGUUUUGUUUGCGCUGCUACUAGCAGUCAGUCGUACAGCCGUAGCACUUACUCUAAAUAGCUGUGCUACCGAGAAUACUGGGUCAGAAUUCUCCACUUCCGAAUGGAUGUCUAUAGGGCUUUGCAAAACAAAUUGUAACGGUUAUGCAGUAGCUAUCCUUCAAGAAGACAAUUGUUGGUGCUCUAACACCAUCCCAGGCAAUACUGUCGAUAUGAACAAUUGUAAUGUUGCAUGUCCACAUUAUUCUCCAGAAAUGUGUGCCACAACUGGAUAUUAUGGAUAUUUGGUCCUUGGAAAUCCUACUACCAUUUGGCCAUCUUCAUCUUCUUCUUCUUCAUCAGCUACUUCUACCUCUUCCACAUCCACCUCAACUACAACAACAUCUUCAUCUUCUUCUUCUUCAUCAACUUCCACUUCAUCUACAACAUUGCAAACAGCAUCAACCCAACCAGAGACAACAACUACAAGUUCAUCAUCGUCCUCAACCUCAACUUCCUCCUCAACUUCAAGGACGUCAUUGCUGACAUCAACUUCAACCUCAUCAUUCUCCUCGACAUCAUCAUCAUCAUCAUCAUCAUCUUCCACAUCAGAUGAAUCUAAAACUACUUCUUCAACAACUUCAGAUUCGAGUUUAGUGAAAGCAACUACCAUAUACAAGACUGUAAAUGGGCUGCAAACCCAAUUGGUAUCAACCCAAUAUGUAACCGAGAAACCAAGCCGAACAGCCACUCCUGAAAGUUCUAGCGGGUCAUCUACUUCUACUCCUACUUCUUCAGGAUCUAAGAACUCCUUUUUUGAUUCUAAAGGGAAAGUUGCUGGGACUUUUACCGCUGUAGGAUUGGUUGCAUUAGCCAUAAUCUUGGGUGUUUUAUAUUGUUGUUGUUGUAUUGGAUGUUGUGGAAUGGGUGGGCGUUAUGCAACCCAUUCAGAUGAAGAAAAUGAAUACUCUUCAGAUGAAGCUUCAUUUAAUAAUGAAAAAGGAAUUGCCAUAGUAGCAGCUAAUGGUACUCCUAAUGGCACUUACGCUAAGAGUGAAGGAUUGACUAGAGAUAGCUCUCAUAAAUCUGUCUUCUCAUUUUUUAAUAAUAACGGAUCCACCCCAGGAUCUGUCGCUAGAAAUCCUUCAAGAAAGAAGUUGCUUCCAAAAAGUCCCUCUAGUAGAAAUGAAGCAACACACCUGGCUACUAAUAGCUUUGGCGAUAACGAUAUCAUGAUACCCAUUGCUGAAUUGGACCAUCGGUUAGAACCCGGUACUUUGUUCACUACUACUAAUGAAUCUAAAAAGUCACUUGGAGAUAAUAUAGAUUAUUCCCGGAGAAUUUUGAAAGUUACGAAUCCAGAGUAG